AUGGUAAAAUUGAUAAAAUCGAUACAGGCUCACAAAGACAAAGCAUGGAGUGUCAGUAGUCACGCUAACUUACCAUUAUUAGCCACUGCAUCGACUGAUAAAACUUCCAAUGUGUACAAUCUUUCAAAAAAGAAAAAUUUCCCUUUGAUUACUAAGUUGGAGGACACACAUAAAAGAUCCAUCAGAACAGUUGCAUUCAAACCUCCUUUGGGUGGCGAAGAUACUCCAGACACGGAAUUUAUAGAUUUGCCAGCCUUGGCAACUGGAUCAUUUGACAGCACCGUUUCAAUUUGGGGUGUUGAUGAGCCAGAAGAAGACUUUGAUGAAGAUGAUGAAGAUGAACAAGGCAAAUUAGACAAGCAAGUCCAAUUAUUGACAAGUCCUCAAAAUGAAUGGAACUUGAUGGCCAUAAUAGAGGGACAUGAAAAUGAAAUCAAGGCAGUGGCUUGGAAUUAUCAAGGUAAUUUGUUGGCUACUUGUUCCAGAGACAAGACAAUUUGGAUUUGGGAAACUGAUCCAGAAACUUUAGAAGAAUUCGAAUGUAUUUCAGUUUUGAGUGAACAUGAUCAAGAUAUAAAGAAUGUUACUUGGCAUCCAACUCAAAAUCUCUUGGCCAGUUCAUCUUAUGAUGAUACCAUAAGAUUAUAUAAACAAGAUGAAGCUGAUGAUGAUUGGUCUAGUGUAGGGGUAUUGAAUGGACACGAAGGGACUGUAUGGUGUUCAUCUUUUGAACACCCCAAAUCUUUGUCUGCUAGUCAAGAAAAGAUUAGAAUCGUGAGUUGUAGUGAUGAUUCAACAGUAAGAGUUUGGUGUUGCAAAACCAAAAAACUCACUGAAGAAGACUACGAAAAGUCCAAAGCUUUACCUAGUUCCAUCAAACAUUCAAGUACCAUGACAUGGGAAGAAGAAACUGUUUUACCUAAGAUUCAUGAAUAUUCUGUAUAUUCAGUAAGUUGGUCCAGAAAAACUGGUAAAAUUGUAAGCGGAGGAUCUGAUGGUAAAAUAGUUGUUUAUAAACAAUCCCCAGACUCUGAAAAGUGGGAAAUUGAAUCCGUUCAGGAAUUGAGUCACGGAGUAACAGAGAUAAACUGCGUUUCUUGGUGUAGACUAGAUGAUGGAGAAGAAGUCAUAGUAAGUGCAGGGGAUGAUGGAAACAUAAAUAUUUGGGAGCCAUGA